AUGGCUGCGCUGAACCUGGCGUCACAGUCGGUGCUGGAGGGCCUGAACGCCUGUCUGGACCACCGCGGCUCGGUGUUCGUGCCAGAGCUGGGGCGCACGUUCGCCCUCCAACGGGGCGUCACGCGCAUCUUCGCAUGCCAGAACCCGCUGCACGAGGGCGGCGCGCGCAAGGGCCUGCCCAAGUCCUUCCUCAACCGCUUCACACAGGUGUUCGUGGAGCCGCUCUCGCAAGACGACCUGGAGCACAUCGUGCUGUCGACGCGUCUGCCGGCGGGCGGCCGCUGUCCGCCGGCGGCUGACGUGCGCCGCAUGGCUGACUUCAGCCGUCGACUCAACGCCGCCGUCCACGGCCGGCGCGAAUUCGGCCAGCGCGGCGGGCCCUGGGAGUUUAACCUGCGCGACAUCACCAGGUCAUAG